GGGGUGCUGGUGUGACCCCUGUCUCUUGGCAGCUGGGGCAUGGCCGUCAAUGUGUACUCGACAUCGGUGACCAGCGAGAACCUGAGCCGCCAUGACAUGCUGGCCUGGGUCAACGACUCCCUGCAGCUCAACUACACCAAGAUCGAGCAGCUUUGCUCAGGGGCUGCGUAUUGCCAGUUCAUGGACAUGCUGUUCCCCGGCUGCGUGCACCUGCGCAAGGUGAAGUUCCAGGCCAAGCUGGAGCACGAGUACAUCCACAACUUCAAGGUGCUGCAGGCCGCCUUCAAGAAGAUGGGAGUGGACAAAAUCAUCGCGGUGGAGCGGCUGGUGAAGGGCAAGUUCCAGGACAAUUUUGAGUUCAUCCAGUGGUUCAAGAAAUUCUUUGACGCCAACUACGAUGGGAAGGAGUACAACCCGCUGCUGGCGCGGCAGGGCCAGGACGUCGCGCCCCCCCCUAACCCAGGUGAUCACAUCUACAACAAACCCAAGAAACCCAUUGGCACUGCAGUCCCCCAGAGGACCUCCCCCACGGGCCCCAAGAACACCCCGAACCCAGCCCGCCUCGGCAACGUGCCCAGCGGCAUCCUACGGAAAAACUCGCCCGCCGCCCGCAACGGCGGCACCGAGGCUGACGCGCAGAUCCUGGAGCUCAACCAGCAGCUGAUGGACCUGAAGCUGACAGUGGAUGGGCUGGAGAAGGAGCGGGAUUUCUACUUCAGCAAACUGCGGGACAUUGAGCUCAUCUGCCAGGAGCACGAGAACGAGAACAGCCCCAUCAUCACCGGCAUCGUCAGCGUCCUCUAUGCCACGGAGGAGGGCUUCGCCCCACCAGAGGACGACGAGCUGGAGGAGCAGCCGCCAGAGGACCAGGACGAGUACUAGCCCCGGCCCGCG